AUGAGUUCGGAGCAGAAGAAGCUGAUCAAGAAUGUUUUGCUCGAUAUGAUACUGUUAGGGCAGGAUGUUUGCUCAGCAAUUAACAGGUCCAACUCCUUCAAGGUGAAAUGCAGUGAGUUGGGAAAGCGAGUGAAUCGGCUCUUGCUAAUGCUGCGUAGCCUGCGUCGGUUCCUCAAUUUUGCUACUCCUCUUUACUUGCUGUCAAUGAACAGCAUAGUUGUCAAGCUCGAGGACAACUUCAAGGUAGCUCAGCGCGUUGUACACAACUGCAAGCCCCAACGUCGGCUUUGUAGAUUCUUCACUAGCCGUAUCCGUAUUUCAACCGAUUUUCAAGAGCUCUUCCACGUUUUAGAUGCUUCUAUCACCGACAUGGAGUGGCUGGUUAGCGAUUAUGAGCCCCAAAGCAAAGACAGAGGCUCGAUGUACUCGCCUACAGUUUUGGUCUGGUCUUGUAUCGCCACUGUCGAAAUGGGGCCAAGCUUAGAUGAUCGAAUCGAGGCCGCUCAUCGUCUUGCAUCACUCGUUCAACAAAAAGAUUUUGAGUAUAAGCAGCUCAUUUUUAAAGGUGGGUUACCUUCAUUACUAAAGCUUUUGAAGGAGAAUUCUCCGGUUGCUCAUAUUGCAGCCGCUAAUGCACUUUGCCUUUUAUCUAAUGAGGAGGAGGAAAAGAGUGGAACUAUUAUCAAGGAAUUGAUUCAUACAAUUGCAAGUCGUUUAUCAAGAACAUCUUCGAGAUGCGAUCAAAAGCAAGCUGCCGACUUGGUUGCAGACAUUGCAGAGCGUAACCCAGAGUUGAAAAGAUAUCAUUUCAUGAGAGAGGAAGCGGUAUGGCGGCUGGUGAUUUUGUUGUCAUCUCAACAAUCACCGCUCGAGUUGAAGAUUAGUUGUUCCAAGGCUUUAUGGAAGCUUGCUCAAGGGAGUGUUUUGAUUUGUAAGACAUUAACGGAGACGAAAGGAAUGCGAUGCUUGGCCGAGUUGGUGGCAAAAGAACAAGAUGAAUUACGGUUCAAUUGCAUAAUGAUCAUAAAGGAAAUCACAACUAUUGCUGAAUCAGAUAUCCGUUUUCGACGUUCAGCCUUUACGAGUUCUUCUCCGGCUGCAAAGGCGCUCAUUUGUGAGCUAUUGAGGAUAAUCAAAGAACGUGACGAUGCAAAACUGAGAGUUCCUGCAAUUAAGUCCAUUGGAUCAUUGGCAAGGUCUUUUUCAGCCAGAAAGGGUCGAGUAAUCAUCAGUCUUUUGAUUGCUCAGCUAGGGAACACAGAUCAAGAAGUUGCAAUGGAAGCUGCAAUUGCUUUGAGAAAGUUUGUUUCCACUGAUAAUUACCUUCGUUCGGAGCAUUCGGAGUCGAUAGUCAAGUUUGAUGGUGUACAAUUGUUGAUGAAGUUAGUAAGUGAGGAUACGAAGGCCCAACCCCACGUAUUAGCAUUGAUAUGCUACCUUGCCCAACAUGACACCAAUAGCAAUGUUUUGAUAAAUGCUGGAGCUUUGACUGCUCUUCAGACCACAGAUCCCGAAGUCAUUACAGAAAAUCCAGAGUUAGAAACAUUGGUCCCCCACGCAAUGUCCAGACUCCAAUUCAAUCUUACUGAGGACCAACUACAAACAGACAGUUCAACAGGCAUCAAACAGAUUAUUACAGAACAGGGCAUAGAAGUUGUCGACACUGUACGACGUGGAUUAAAGUUGCUGUCAAAAGGUGAUAGUAAAACACCGCCAAUUGUAACAAGAUGUAUAAAGAGAAUUUUAGGGGCAAUACCUCCAUUAAAGAGCAAGAGGAUUCAGCAGUUUCUCAACCUAAGUGCGUGGAACUGGCAGUAUUAUGUGUGGACUGCAUAG